UUAACCCCCUCGUGUGUCGCACACUAUAUAAACCCCUUCUAGUUUAUGAUAUUUCUUCAUAUGAAACCCCCUCGUGUGUCACACACUAUAUAAACCCCUUCUAGUUUAUGAUAUUUCUUCAUAUGACCAAAGAUCACAAAACAAACUCAAGACUAAACAAACCAAAAGAAGAAUUCACAGCCAAAAUCAUGGAUUCUUCAUAUUCUCAGCAUCCGUUUCUCGAAUUUUCCCGCCAAUCUUCAUUCAGUUCGUCUUCUUCCGACUCUCUCAAUUGUAACAACGUGCUCAAUUUCGAAAACCAACCGCUUCCAUUCAACGAAAAUGACUCCGAAGAGAUGCUUCUCUUCGGAGUCCUUUCUGAAUCCAUUGAUGAUUAUUCAUCGUCGGGGACUUCCUCGUCGGUGGAAGUCAAAGAAGAAGCAUUUGAAGAGCCCGCCAAGGAGACCACCUAUAGAGGGGUCCGGAGGCGGCCAUGGGGGAAAUAUGCAGCCGAAAUAAGGGACUCCACGAGGAAUGGAGUUAGGGUAUGGCUGGGUACAUUUGACACCGCGGAGGCUGCAGCCUUGGCCUACGACCAAGCCGCCUUUGCAAUGCGCGGCUCAAUGGCUGUGCUAAAUUUUCCGGCUCAGAUGGUUUACGACUCGUUGAGAGAGAUGAAGUGUGGGUUCGAGGAAGGGUGUUCUCCAGUGCUGGCGUUGAAGAAGAGACACUCCAUGAAGAGGAAAGCGGUGAGUCGGAAGAAGAAGGAUGUGAAAGAGUUGGUGAUGUUGGAGAAUGUGGUGGUGUUGGAGGAUUUGGGAGCUGAUUAUUUGGAGGAACUUCUAAGUUUAUCUGAGUGUUCUACUAAUACUCCUUGGUGAAAAAAAAAAUGGUCACCCACUUCGUUUCUCUAAUUUCUCUCUCUAGAAACUCUCUUUCUCUCUCAAGAUCUCCUUUUUGUGAUUUUGUUUUGGAUAAUGUAACUUUAAUUUUAAGACUGUUUUUAGCCUUUGGUUUCUUUGUAAAUUUUAAAAAAUAAUUGAGGAUCAAUGUUUGAAUUAUUGUUGUGGGACUUGGAUGUUUGGUCAACUUGACCAUU